AAUACCAUAGGCAAAGUGAUACUGGGUCCAACGUGCACUUAUGCUACAUACCAAAUGGUCUCCAUUGGUACUGUAUUUGCUGUCCCAGUUAUCUCGGCAGGAAGUUUUGGAAUGUCAUGUGAUAAUACAACAGAUCUUAAAAGGGUCCUUCUUCCAGCUAAAAAAGUCUCUCACUUUUUAACUUGGUUUUGGAAAUAUACAAGCAAGAAUAUCAAGCCUCUACAAUGGAACUCUGUCUAUAUUUACAAAAAAACUGAAAACACAGAGGAAUGUUUUUGGUACAUAAAUGCAGUGAGUGAAGCUAGUGUAUCAGAAUUCAAAACAUAUAUCCCAGGAACAAAUCAUCACAUUUUAAGAAAUAAAGAAGAAUUCCGAAACGUUCUAACAAAUCCUGAUAGGAAGAGUAAUGUCAUAAUUUUAUGUGGAAAGCCUAAUGAUGUUAAAGAUCUUGUAGAGAGACAGGAAAUGCACCCGGAUAUUGUCAUCGUUCUACUGGAUAUUUUACAUCAAACAUAUUUUACAAAUUACACUUCAAUGGAUUACAUGAAGCAAGUUCUAGUCGUGACAGUUCCUCCUCCAGAAAGACACUAUGAUGAUAUUAACAUCACAGGGAUUCCCAAUGAUUAUGUAUUGGGCUAUAUUGAUGCAGUUUUUCUACUUGGGCAUGCACUGAAAAUGAAUUGUACAAGCAAGGAACCUAAAGGAUAUGAUUUAAUGCGUAAUACCCAAUUCUCUACUAUUCAAGAAUCCUGGGGCACAUUGAUUCUGGAUGAAAAAGGAGAUCGAGAAGAGAAUGUUAGUAUCAUCUAUACAAAUGCAAACACACUUGAAUUUACACCCCUUCUUCAGUAUGACACCAGUACUAGCAACUUUAUGGAAAAUGAUUCUAGACCAACUUUCAUCUGGAAGAAAGGAUUACCAAGUGAUGUCCCCCAAGAAGGCUUCAACAAACUAAUCAUCGCCAUUAUAGCCCUGACUGUCACAGUGGUGUUGGUAUUCCUAAUUGCACUCAUAGCUUUCAGUCUGUAUAGAAAAGAACAUGCAAAUCGUUUGAAGAAAUGGUCCCAUAUUGCAUCAGAAAAAAUAAUCAUACUGAAGGACACAGAGAUUAAUCCUGUCAGUCUCAAGAUUGAAGAGGAUCUAAGAAAGGACAGCUACACAGAAACACCAAGGAUAGCGAAGUAUGACAAGAAGAUUGUGAUUCUGAAAGACCUGAAAUACAGAGAUGGAAACUUUGCAGAAAAUCAGAAGAUUGAAUUGAAUGAGCUCCUUCAGGUGGAUUAUUACAACCUUGCAAAGUUUUAUGGCACUGUGAAACUCGAAUCAGGAAUCUUUGGUGUUAUCGAAUACUGUGAACGAGGAUCACUCUGGAAUGUUCUCAAUGAUAUAAUAUCUUAUCCAGAUGGUGCUUUCAUGGACUGGGAAUUCAAAAUAUCAGUCAUGUAUGACAUUGCAAAGGGCAUGUCAUACCUGCAUUCCAGCAAGACAGAAGUCCAUGGCCGCCUGAAAUCCACAAACUGUGUGGUAGAUAAUCGAAUGGUAGUGAAGAUCACUGAUUAUGGAUGUAACACUAUAUUGUCACCUGGCAAAGAUCUGUGGACAGCCCCAGAGCAUCUCCGUAAGGAAGGAGUGUCACAAAAAGGAGAUGUGUACAGCUUUGGCAUCAUCUGCCAGGAAAUAAUCCUGAGGAAAGGUAUAUUUCACACCGAGUACCCUGUGGAACCAAAAGAGAAACUUCACAGAGUGCAGUACAUGAAGGGUCAGCCAUUUCGACCUUAUCUCCCUUUGGAACUUGCAGAUGAACGGGAACUUGAGGUGUUCUUGCUGGUGAAAAGUUGCUGGGAAGAAGAACAAGACAGAAGACCAGACUUCAAGAAAAUUGAAAACAUACUGGGAAAGAUAUUCAGUAAUUUCCACAAUCAGACUACAGAGAGCUACAUGGAUACUUUAAUACGUCGAUUGCAGUUGUACUCCAAGAAUCUGGAGCAUCUAGUUGAGGAAAGAACCUCACUUUACAAAGCUGAAAGAGACAGGGCAGAUCGCCUUAACUUCAUGCUGUUGCCUGAGCCUGUUGUAAAGUCCCUGAAAGAGACUGGAAGGGUUGAGCCUGAGCUAUAUGAGGAGGUCACUAUUUACUUCAGUGACAUUGUGGGGUUCACCACAAUUUGUAAAUACAGCACUCCUAUGGAAGUGGUAGACAUGCUGAAUGAAGUCUACAAAACAUUUGAUGGGAUUCUGGACAACCAUGAUGUCUACAAGGUGGAAACUAUCGGCGAUGCAUACAUGGUGGCAUCAGGUUUGCCUAAGAGGAAUGGAAACAGACAUGCUGUGGACAUUUCAAGAAUGGCUUUGGAUAUCCUCAGCUUCAUAGGGUCCUUUCAGCUUGUUCAUCUUCCAGGACUACCUAUAUGGAUUCGCAUUGGAAUUCAUUCUGGUCCUUGUGCUGCAGGAGUGGUUGGCAUUAAAAUGCCUCGUUAUUGCCUCUUUGGUGACACAGUUAAUACAGCUUCUAGAAUGGAAUCUACAGGCUUUCCUUUACGAAUUCAUAUCAGUCAAUCUACAGUCAAUAUUCUUCAAAGAACAGAAACUAAGUUUGAAUAUGAAGUAAGAGGAGAGACUUAUCUAAAGGGUAAAGGAACAGAGACCACAUACUGGCUGACUGGUAUGAAGGAUUUUAAGUAUAACCUUCCAGUUCCACCUUCUGCUGAGAACCAGCAGCAUCUCCAGGCAAACUUUUCUGAGCUGAUAACUAAUUCUCUACGUAAAAGGCAACAUUCCCAGUUCAAAGCUAAGCAGCCUGCAGAGCUCUUCAAUGAUGAUGAAAAUGCCCCUGAAUACCUACAACUGGUUACAGCAGAAAGGUUUAGCACCUACUUAUAACUCCUUGGUGCUUUAAAAUAUAAACAGGUGUAAAGAUCUUCAAGCAGUUGCUAUAAUUGUGUUUGUAGUAUGCUACACUAUAACCUGAGCUUCAUUCAGCUUGCUGAACUCUUGUCUUGCAAUAGUUAUGACUCUCUUAUGUAGUCAUAUGUAAACAUGUUUUUUUCCAUCAAGUGUUGUAUGCAUAAUUGAAAAUACAGAAAGGCAUAAACUUCAGGUUAUGGUGCAAGACACAAGAAAUGAAAGACAUUUGUAGAGCUGACAAAAUGCAGAAAAUGCCACUUUCAAAUGCAAUGAAAAGACAACAAUGUUAAAACAUGCACAUCAUUUUAAAGUUUUCUGUAAUCUCAUUAUAAACGUGUUAUCAUUAUCAGACUUUAAUACACUUUACACAGACUAUAUGCAGAGCACAUUGUCUGGAUAUGUAGUGCUGUCAGAGUGACACGACAUUCAUUCCUGGGUUAUGCCUAUCUACUCAGAAUUUGCAGUGCACAACAAUUCAUGGCUUGUGCUGUUGCUUCAUCAAAGAAUACCAUUGCCUAUUGAAUAGAGGAAAGCCAUGGGUCUUAACUAGAUCUUUCUAGAAUGCUUCUUAGCUCUUUAACACCUCAGCUGAACUCUGUACAAAAAUGAAUACCUGAAUACCAUGCAAAACGUCAAGACAAUUUUAUUCAAAUCUAAUCGUGAAAGAACUAAAAACCUGUAAUGAGUUAUACAACAGUAUCACACACAGUAAUAAAUAUGAUAACCACAUGCAAAAAAUAACUAGACAUAUUCACUGCAUUUUUAAGAAAAUAGAAUUUAAUUUACUUAGCAUAGUCUUGGUAAUUUCAACAUUUUGGUUGAGGUGUGGACUAAUAUUGUAUGAUCUGCAAAAUGUACUUAUUUAUAAUGAAGGAAGAAUACUAGUGUUUUAGGACUGUUUCUUUUGCCUGUUUUUAGAAUUAAUGACUAUGCUGGUUGCAUAAAUGUAAAGGAUGUAUUGUAAACUAUUACAGAUUACUGUGUUGGCAAGUCAUACCUAAACAUAUUGACCUCAAUAUGCAAAUCCAUUUAAAACUGUGUUAACGCAUCAGCUUGUUCUUUAAGUUAAAAUGCAUAAGAAUUGUUAAAAUAAACAUUUGUGAAUAUUGA